AGGAGGCGCGGCAGAGCCCGCGCGGACCGGGCGCACCAUGCACUCGGGGUGCGGGCGGCCGGCCGCGGCUCUGGGGACCCGGCCCUAGUCUCCGGCCCCACCGCCCCGGGGCGCCAUCGGGACGACGCGGCCCCGCGCGGCGCGAGGAGGAGCCAUGGGCAAGUGCAGCGGCCGCUGCACGCUGGUCGCCUUCUGCUGCCUGCAGCUGGUGGCAGCACUCCAGCGUCAGAUCUUCGACUUCCUGGGCUACCAGUGGGCUCCCAUCCUGGCCAACUUCCUGCACAUCAUGGCUGUCAUCCUGGGCAUUUUCGGCACCGUGCAGUAUCGGUCCCGGUACCUCAUCCUGUAUGCAGCCUGGCUGGUACUCUGGGUCGGCUGGAAUGCCUUCAUCAUCUGCUUCUACCUGGAAGUGGGACAGCUAUCCCAGGACCGGGACUUCAUCAUGACCUUCAACACAUCCCUGCAUCGCUCGUGGUGGAUGGAGAACGGUCCAGGCUGCCUGGUGACUCCUGUUCUGAACUCCCGCCUGGCCCUGGAGGACCACCAUGUCAUCUCCGUCACUGGCUGCCUGCUUGAUUAUCCUUACAUUGAAGCCCUCAGUAGUGCCCUGCAGAUCUUCCUAGCUCUGUUCGGCUUCGUGUUUGCCUGUUAUGUGAGCAAAGUAUUCCUGGAAGAGGAAGACAGCUUUGACUUCAUCGGUGGCUUUGACUCCUAUGGGUACCAAGCGCCGCAGAAGACGUCGCAUUUACAGCUGCAGCCUCUGUACACGUCCGGGUAGCUUCUGGCCCGCACCCACCCGCGUACAGCUCCCUGGACCGCUGGAGCCUGAAGCAGCGCUGUCCAGAGGCUCGGAUCACGAUGGGCAGGCGCGCCCCCUGCCGUCGCUUAGGCUAACUGCAGCCUCCUGGAUUUGCAGCCCCUGGAGCAAAUGCAGACUCUCAAACUUGAACUUGGACCUGACCCUAGCUCUAGCCGGACUUCAGGGUUGGGGCAGGACGGGGCGGGCGGGGGGGGAGGGGGGAUCGCUGGGUUUGUAUUUUUUUUAAUCUCAGCCUUGGUACGUGCCGGGGUCUUCCUUUUUCUUCAGCUCUACUCCUUACCUAGUAUCUUGCCCUCAGUCCAAACAGCAAGACAGACGGACUCACCCCAUCUGACCUCCCAUUCACCUGCCCUGGGGAAGGAUACUGUGAACUAGAUACAGAAGUCCUGGGCUCCAGCUGCAGCACCAUCACUGACAUCCUGUGUGACAUCGGGCAGAGUCUUUGCUCUCUCCGGGCCUCAGUUUCCCCAUCUCAAAUAAUUAAAAUAAUCCCUUAGCCAAUG